AGACCUAGGCUGCGCAUGUCAGUGGCUUCUGCAUCAUUUGAAUUGCACUCUUGAAGAUCGUCAAACGUUGGUCAGAAUUGUGUUGCGGUGGUUGGAAGAAGCUAUAUGGUCCACUUGGUCGAAACUCCAGGCUAUGAAAAGUAUAUAUAAUAGGGCUACACGUUGUUAAGGUGUUCAAGAUGCAGAGUAGUAGGCACAGUUUCGUGCUCGGUGUCCUUGUGAUGUUUGUUUUUGGUGGAAGUGUAGCAGAAGUUUAUGAUGUCACAACCAUAUACAAAUUUUAUGUACCACACUAUAAUUCAAGCUAUGAAGAUUACACUGGACAAGAUUUUCCUGAUUUCAUGUCAGUGAACCGGAGUGGACGUGUUGAAGUACAUGCUAUGACAAAUGCUAGGGGGUUGCCUGUUCUCUUGAGUAAUAAUACAUCAAUAAAUUAUUUUAUUGGAAAUGAUGUUGUUGAGUGUACGUCUUUGUAUGGAGGUUGUACAUGGACUAUGAGUAACUGGACAAAAGGUGCAGGACACAAUUUACCUCUCAUUCUUCAAGAAAAAAGCUUUGCAGAGUAUACCAAGAAUAACAUCAGUAUACUCCAUUUUUUUCAUGGUAAUGAUUUAAAUUUUACAUAUCAAGCUCAAAGUCAAGGAUCAAGAAAUGAGUUGAACAUUUUCUUAAUGGUGAAUAAUGAUAUUUCAUCAGGUGAUAUGUAUUAUAUUAAAAUUAAUAUGGAGCUGUAUAACUACAGAUAUGGAUAUGGAUAUGGGCAUAGACAUCGUUGGGAUGUGUACCUUUAUAAAUGCACAUUAAUCCACAGACAAGAAUAUAUUUCACUACCAGGUGGAAGUGCUCGGCGUUUGUGUAAUGUACAAGUGAAUAAAAAUGGCAUUAUGUUUGAAGACAACUUAUGUGACUUCAGCAUACACGUAUCAUCAGGGAAUUUGAAGUUCACUUCAGUAUGCAAGUCACAAGAGGAAGAUAUCUUUGACUGGACUGAUGCAGAUCCGUUGGAUAUUGUAUACUAUCAAUUUGGUUCCUCAGAUUUGAUCCAGUUUCAUGUAAAUACAGGUGAUUCUGUCACAUUGUCACUUGCAGAAGUGGAAGGAUACCUGAUGAGCCCUACUUUUGUACCACACUCAAGUAGUUUAUGUGUGUCACUCACAUACUACCUUCCAUCAACUGCAGGCAGCAGUCUGAAAUUGAGUGCACUUUGGGCUGGAGGUGACAGACUGGACUUCGAUACUAUCAAAAAUACUGGAGAAUGGAAAACACAGAGGUUUGUUGUUGAACUGCCAGCAGGAAAACAAGACAGAUUAACACAAAUAGUACUGAAAGGAAGAAAAUCGUAUGGAUCAGAUGUUUUGGUGCAACGGAUAGCUGGCUGUAAUGGAGAAGGAUUAGAAGAUAUUCUUGAGUUGUCAAAUGGAGCUACCACCAUUGAUGUCCGAAACGGUGGUUACGAUGUAGCAGUGAUGCGGUCACAAAAGAAUAAGCUUUUUUCUUUUGAAGUGACUUGCAUAAAUGGUGGAAUUUUUGAUGAGGAACGUGGUGGCUGUGUAUGUCCAUCAGGAUUUGGUGGCUCAACUUGUGAGGAAGCUUGUGGAGCAAAUAGGUUUGGUGCAGCAUGUGAGGGUUUAUGUUCCGAGACCCGUAGUGGCUGCCAAGGAAUGAUUCUGUGUCGCCCGUUGCUGGGUUGCAGUUGUCCGGCUGGGCUCAGAGGGUCCUUCUGUGACAGAGAAUGUCGCUAUAAGGAAUAUGGUGCUGGAUGCAAGCAGAAAUGUGGUCACUGUAAAGAUGAUGUUGCCUGUGACAGGUACACUGGAGAAUGUCCAUUAGGAUGUGAACCAGGAUACUACCCUCCAUUCUGCCAACAAACAUACAAGUACCUGUCAACAGCUCCAGAUGUCAAGGUCACAGAAUACCUCUGUGUCACAGUUGAAGCAAAUUUGCAGAACUGCAAAGGCAGGGGUUCCCCCAGAUUUUAUCAGUUACAAUACAAGGAAGCAAAUCAUGAUUUAUGGUUGGAACUAGAGUAUCGUCAGAUAACAUCAAAUGAAAUAACAAGAAAUAUUACUGGGUUGAAAUCUGGUAUCCGCUAUCAAGUAAGGGUUGUGCUUCUGGACAAGGAUGGUGGCAGUUACCAGGGGCCAAAUAUUUUGCCUGCAGAGAUCAUCACUAAAUGUGCAGUUCCUGAUUCUGUACAUUAUGAUCUUCAGGCUACAGAAAUUACAGAGGACAGCUUCCAGGUCACUUGGAAGAUUGUACCAGAGAGCCCCAUAUGGUGUGCUGCAAGACAGUUUGAGGUGGAACGCAAAGAGAGUUUGCGUUGGUUGAAGCAUUAUCAAGGUUCAGAAAUGACAACUACCUUCUCCAACAUGUUGCCAGGCCAGCAAUAUCAGAUCCGAGUGCAGGCAUUAACCAAUGUGGGGGAAAAGUACCCAUUUUCAUCUGUCCUCCUCACAACUACAAAGGUUGGCGUUCCUGGAAAGGUGCAUGACAUACAUUUGGUCUCCUCCACAAGUCAAGAAUUAGAGAUAAAGUGGAAACCUCCACUGAUCACAGCUGGAACAAUUCACCGGUACACAGUCUCUUAUCAGUGCAAGAAACUCCUUGCCUGCCACAGUGAGAACUGCAGCCACUCUGCUGGUCAGGUAGAAGUGAAAAAUACUUCCACUGUUCUGCGUGGUCUGUUGUCACAUGCACAGUACUCAGUCAGUGUUGUUGCUCUGUCUGGUUCCUGGGGACCUGCCAGUUACGUGCUGGCUGUCACGGAUAUGACAGUGCCUGGUGUAACACCUGCCACAAAUUUCACCUCAGCAAUAGUCCAGCGAACCAACUCAAGUUUCACCAUACAGUGGGAACCACCUCAGAAUUGCACUUAUGCCAAUGGAUACCUGUAUGAAUACCGAUAUGAAUUAGUGAGUGUUCAUAACUCCCAGCACAUCCUGGAGGGGAUGACACAUCUAACAACAGUCACCUUAACCAACCUCACACCCCACACUCAGUACAUGGUGAAGGUGUUCCUGGUGAAUUCAAAGGGUUGGAGCUCAAGUCACCCACUGGAGAUACAUGUCCAGACAAGAGCAACAACUCCAGAUCAUGUGGAACAGUUGAUGGUAUAUAAGAAAAGUCGUUGGAUGCUUGGAGUGAGGUGGGCUGCUCCAAAACACAUGUUUGGCUCACUUGAAUCCUUCAUAAUUACUUAUCAGGCAGUGGGAUUGAACACCAUGAAAUCAGUAAUAGAACCACUCUCAUGUGUAGCAUGGCCCCAUCUGUACUGCCAUACAGCCAAUAAUCUUAAACAAGAUACAGAAUACACUGUUUUGGUUCAGGCACAGAAUUCAGAAGUCGAUGAGGCUGGGGAGUCUUCAUCAGUGACAGCUGUUACCAAAGAAACAGCCCCACUGUCACCAUCUUUCAUCAGAGUUGUGUCACAGUCACAAACCAACCUCACCAUAGAGGUGGGACUUCCUGACAUGGUGAAUGGUAAGCUCAGGUCAUUCCUUGUAUAUGUGGAAGAGACAGAUUCGUUCAACUCCACGGAAUGUUGCCAGUACUUCCCUGUUCAAGAGGUGGCAGUGCAAGUUGAGAAGAGCAGUUAUAAUAUAGAAUUCACAGGUCUGCGACCAGCUUCUACUUAUGCUGUAAGUGUAUCAGCAAAGACUGUGUCGCUUGGCCCUGCUGUAAGCAUUACAGCUCACACAAGGCCACCUGUUCCAUCAAUGGAUGACAUGAUUGAGAUACCAGACAAUUCAAGUUAUUUGUCAGGCAGUCUAACGGUAUUCCUUCACCCAUCUACCAUGUACCAGGAUCUAAUCAGUGGGUGCUUACUGCUUGUGUUGCCACAGUCCAGUGAAGUUGAGAUACCAAAAACAUUAAUUUUUGAUGAGUGGUUGACUCAGGAGGUCAACAAUCGUUCAAAUGGAACAUACUAUUUUUCAGCUGAGUUUGAUCAGGUAAGUUACUUUUAUCUGUUUAUUUAUCAUCAGCAGAGAGAAGCUGUCCACUUACAGGAGGUUUACACAAUGUAAUAUAGAACAUGAAUG